ACCGGGGCCUGGUGACUGGCGAUGGCGGAACUGGUGCUCCGCGCUCUCAGAGGCAACUCCACGUCCCUGAAUCUGACCAACAAGCAGCUGCAGCAGGUGCCGAUCGCAGUGAUCAAACUGAAGGCACUGAGGACACUGCGAAUCAGUAACAACUACCUCAUCGACCUGCCCCCCGAGAUAAAGACACUGAGAGAGUUGACAGAACUCAAUUUGGGAAAUAACGCCUUCCAACAUGUUCCAGAGGUUUUGUUUCACAUGAUAUCACUGCAGAAGCUCCAGUUGUAUGGCAACUUGAUUUCCGAAAUAACCUCAGGCCUAUUUGGUUUGGAAAACCUAGUUUUCUUGAACCUCAGUCAGAACCAGCUAAGAUCUUUACCUGAAGAAAUAUACAGGUUGGCAAGGCUUGAGUAUCUCAAUGUGAGCAACAAUGAACUGGAAAGCAUUCCAGUGAAACUCUGCCUGCUGCAACAGCUCCGUGAGCUCCAUUUAGCAUACAAUAAAAUAAAAUCAUUUCCACCAGAGAUUAAAUAUUUGACUAACCUAAGGAAGCUGUGUGUUCCAAGAAACCAGCUUGAGGACCUUCCAGAAAAACUUUGCUUUUUAAGGAAACUGAAAUUGCUUGAUGUGGCUGGAAAUCAUUUGCACAUUUUCCCAUCAAGGUUGAUGGAUCUUCCACUGGCAGAACUCUACUUUGAACAGAAUCCAUUGCUGACAAAACAUUUUGUUGUAACUGUACAACAGGAAGAAGUUUUAAGGCUUAAGUAUUCAACUAAACCUCAAAAUAGUAAAUAUUUAAACUAUCCAGAAAAAUAUAAACCAAGCUUUGGCAUUGCUGUGCCCUUGAAUGAUUCCCCUGUGACUGUGGGGAAGUGCCUGAUAUUGGUUUGGAACCUGGCACUGCCCUAUAACAGCACAGCCAAUACUGUGUGGGGAAAUUGUGGAAAGAAUCCUUAUGGGAACACCAAUGCACUGUACCACCCUGAAAUUGCAGCAAGAUAUAUUAUGAAGGAAUUGAGGGACACAUCAUCCUACACAUAUGCAGCUAUUAAGUACUAUCCAGCAAUCAGAAAAAUGUUGGAUGAUUCAAACACAUGUGCUAUAUGUGGUGAAAGCCUACUGAACACUUGGCUUGAAUGUGUGGAUUUCGUCAAAGUUAAAAGGAUGAUUAAACAGUCUGGUGUUACUCCCAUUAUCCCUGUCCGUGUCUUCCUUUGUUCCUACAAUUGCUUCAAUAGUCCUGACCAUCACUACUAUGGCGUGGCAGUCUAAUGGAUGGCACAAUCUGUUAAUUGUGCUCAACAAACCUUACUUAACUAAGAAGAUUAGAUCUGCAACAUUAUUUGCAAAUACUAUAUCAGAUUAACAUACAAGAGAGCAAAUAAAAGCAUCAUUCCAUAGAAAUAAUGAAGUUGCAAGUGAGUUAUGUAGAUUGUUCACAAA